UUUUUUUGGGAGUGAAAAUAGCUGCACUCAAACCAAAUUAGGGCAGGUGAAUAAACAAAAAUGAAAAAACAGAGAGUGAUGAUUCUUCUUCCCCAGUUUCCUUCUAUACGUUUCAGUUUUUGAUAAUUGAAUAUGUGAAGUAAGCUUUCUUUUUGAUUGUCGAGAGUUUGUGUGUCCUGUGAAUCUAAAAUUCUGAACCUGAAAAUGUGGAAGCCCUCUUCUUCUUCUUCUUCUUCAAGACUUGUCGCUGCUUUCCUCAAACUUCAUUUCAAUCGUCAUCAAGUCAACGCCUUUGGCAUCCCUUCUUCUUCUUCUUCUUCCUCUUCCAAUGUUUUCCACCAACUCCCUUCAAAUCCCACUUCCUCAAAUGCGGGUCUUUCCCAGUUUCUGUUUCGCUCAACCCACCGCCAGCCUCUGACUACCCUUUUGAGAAACCUUUACAUUGCUAAACCCAACCUCUUUUCCCCUUCUGGGUUUAGGUUCUUUUCCUCUAAAACCUCUAAUCCUGGUCAAAAAUUCAAUUUCAAUGUCACCAAAAACUUUUUCCGCAACCCAUCUAAUGCCUUAACUUCCACUUUGUCGAGGUAUCGCGAGGCUAUUGGUUUGCAAUUCGAUGCCUUUUUCAAGAGGAAUUACUUGUUUCUGCUUGGGGCUGGAGCAGUUUUCCUUUGUGCUUUACUCUGGAGGAUUAUGUUCGCUGUUGCUAACACUUUUGUUGGCCUCUCUGAAGGAAUGGCAAAAUAUGGCUUUCUUGCUCUUUCCACUGCAAUUGUUGCUUUCACUGGCUUAUAUAUUCGCUCAAGAUUUACAAUAAAUCCUGACAAAGUUUAUAGAAUGGCCAUGAGGAGGCUUAAUACGGCUGCUGGGAUUCUUGAGGUUAUGGGUGCACCCCUUACUGGAACAGAUUUAAGAGCUUAUGUGAUGUCUGGAGGUGGACUUACACUGAAAAACUUCAAGCCAAAGCUUAGGAGCAAGCGGUGUUUUCUUAUCUUCCCCAUCCAAGGUUCUGAGAGAAAGGGUUUAGUGAGUGUUGAAGUCAAAAAGAACAAGGGCGAGUAUAAUAUGAAACUAUUAGCAGUAGACAUUCCCAUGGUAUCAGGACCUGAUCAGCGGCUAUUCCUGAUUGGUGAUGAAGAAGAGUACAAGGUUGGUGGUGGAUUAAUCUCUGAGCUGAGAGAUCCUGUAGUGAAAGCAAUGGCUGCAACCAAGGAAUUUGAUGACCUUGACCAAAUUGAGGAAGAAGAGGAUGCUGAGCGAGAACUUCAAGAGGCUGAAAGAAAGCACCAUGAAGAAAUUGAAAAGCUUGAAAAAAGUGGCAAUCAAUGAUUGUUUUCCAGAUUUUGUUCAUCCUCCUUUCUUUUGUUUACUGAAGUUUCUGAAAGUUUGUUUGAUACUUUUUACAAAGCCAGAUAAAUUGAGUUGAUAAGCAGUAUAAGCUUGCGGCCGUUUUGUCUCCAAAUAUUUUAAUGGUCUUGCAGUCAAAUGGCCCUGUUGAAAGAAUAAAUAUUACAACAAUUGAAGUACCGUGCAUAACAUGACAUACGGUUUUUGCCAUGUUGAGAACAUUCUUUCAGUCAUCUACGAUGCCCUGUUAUCAUGCCUUUUCCUUCAGUGACUCCUUGGACAGGCAACUAUGAAAAUUUGUUUGUUUUGAGGCUAUUGCAGAUGCAAGGAACUAUUAGUUUUAGCUGGAGUGAUACCAUCCUCCCUAUUGCUUCUUUCCUUCCAAGCGAGUUUCAGCACUGGGACUGCAAAAUUUUUGCCCCUCAGGCCUCAGGGAGUGUUUGGCCCAAUGGGUUCAAAGUCCCAGUCUCCUGUUGUUCUCUGAACUCGUGAUUUUUGCAAAAAACUUACUCCAGCCCUCAGAAAGAGGGCAAGUAAAAGAGACGAGAUCUCAGGUUUUAUUAUCAUUGCCACGGAGAAAACAUGUUAUUUUUGGCACAGACCAAUCUAAUUCUGCAAUCUUUCCAAUGUUGGCAACUUUUUAAAGAUAGACGUCCACCGAGGCAUUAGACUUUAUGUGCGGCCAAUUUCAAUCACCAUCCAUCCCUCUAGCUAUUGCUGCAAUACAAGCUGCUUAUGAAAUCCAGAAGCCAGCAUAAUCUUGUCAUUUUCUGAUGAGAGGAGAGAGGCCUGAGGGCGUCAAUUAUUAUUUCAUACACAUUUAUUGGAUAUGUGCCAGUGUUAAGUGCAUUGUCAUUAUUGGUGAUCUGAUCUCGCUCUAAGAAACGAUUGGCUGUCAAUGCUAGUUUAUGCAUGUAUUACUAUUUACUACGCUGGAUGAAAUAACCUUGUUAUGUUUUCCUAAUGCAGGUAUUGAACUAGCGGUGCAUCUUUUCC